UUCGUGCUGAGCUACGACUCCUUGUCAGAAAAGAGACAGAAUAAACUGCUUGACUCAGUGAAUGGUGAAUUCGUAGUCUGAAUCUGGUUUAAGGGUGAACGUGAAUUUUAUCUGCUUGUCUACCUCGACUGUCUUUGUUAUUACUCUAUAAACGCUAUGGAACCAGCAGUAAAAAAAAUUGUUGGCUAGCUGGCAAGACAGUUCCAUACUUUUAUUUGUAAAACCAAAUAUUUGUUACAUCGUCGUCGAACUCGAGUUGCUUCUACAGCUACCCUAUCCGUGCGAUGUGGUUGUACAUUGAUAGUACUAUCGAGACCGAGUUCCCUUUACAGAUGACGCUAACCAAGAAAAGGUCACUGAUGCUGCUGCUUUUCACGACGUUGUUGGAGAGCUUCACCAUGACAUCAGCGUUGUCCCCUUACUGCCGAUUCACUUCCCUUCACACCAUGUGCAGGCACAAAGGUCUAGGCCGAACCUGUGGCAGUAAUGUGGCUUACAGGGGCGUCGGCACCAGGGAUGUUGAACGCAUCGUCAGUCUGCAUAACCGUUAUAGGUCUAAGGUGGCUGUGGGCAUGGAGACCUUUGGGGCUGAUGGUCCACAGCCGCAAGCAGCUAAUAUGAGGCUUUUGGAAUGGGACUUCGAACUGGCGCAGUUAGCCCAGUCUCACGCCGAUCAAUGCCUCUUCGAGCACGAUUGUCCAGACUGCCGCCGUGUGUCCAGGUUUGGUGUGGGUCAGAAUUUGUGUAUUCGUGCUCAGAUAGGCUUCAACUCGACCAUCGACUGGGAAGGGGUCAUCAACACUUGGUACAGCGAAGUGGAACUUUUCAGUUCGGAUGCCAUAGAACCGUACAGGUUCUCGACAGCCACGGGACGAUAUUCGCAGAUGAUGUGGUCGAGCAGUUAUAAGGUGGGAUGUGGAUUCACAAUGUUCUUGGAAGGAAACUGGUGGAAGCAACUCUACACCUGCGACUACGGGCCGGCCGGGAACAUCAUAUCCUAUCAGAUGUACCGUUCUGGACAUCCUUGCUCCUCCUGUCCGCAUGGUACUACCUGCUCUGCGGAGUACCCUGGAUUGUGUGUUUCAGCAACGCCACCAAGGUUGUACCCCGACUGGUACUCGGAGGACUUCACGGAGGACGACUUUCCCAAAGUCAGUGAGAGGACUAAUGGCACGUCCCAAGAGAGCGGUUUCAGCGAGCUGCUGAUGACACUAGAAGACCUGGAGAGCUUGGAGGACGAUCCUUCCCAAAUUUUGAGAGAGAGCCUCGUACCGGAAGGCGCCGGACAAAAAAUGUCUGUCCUUGGUGGUGGUUACGAACAGGGCUCUCUAGAAGGAGUGAGGGACGAGUUCACCAAUCUCAAAGGACUGUUCGACGCUCUUAUCGGUCUACAGCCACCGCAUUACCUCGUCAAGUACGAGCCUGAUUCGGGGUCAGUAGACGACGACGUCGAGGACGAGAUAUUCCUCAGCUCUUACUCGGGAGAGGAUCCCACCCAAAGACAUAAGAGAGAAGUUGGUCUAUUAUUGGCUUGCGACCUUGAUCUGCUCCCUUGUGAGUUCUCGGUGAUUGGAACCGACUGGAUCGCCGGGGAAAGCGCCCUGGAAGGCAGAUACACCUACACUGUCCUUGAGGCGGGUCAGAAGAGUGUACUCAAUUGCAACACGAAAGUCGCGGCACCGGAGACGGGCAGUAUUUGCGUUGUAAUUUCUCACGUUCGUCAUAUGGAGGCUGACAAUAAUUCAACGGGAGAAGUCGACGCCCUGCCAGAGCUGCUGGUGGACAUUCGGCCCGUGGACGACCAGGACAACAGUGGUGAAGUCGUCCAAAACAGCCUGACGGGGAGCAACGGAAUCUGGGAAACCAGCAGCCUGACCAUCAGUGACGUCACGACUUCCUUCUUCCUCGUGCUGACGAUUGGGCCUGCUACGGGAAGGACUACUGUGGCAAUGAACUCCUUGCGGGUUACUGAUGGGGCGUGUUCAGGUGAAACAUUAAAUAAAUAACAUGGGUUCUCUCUGUAUCAUGUAUUAUCAUCUUGGUUACAAUAACAUGGGUUCUCUCUGUAUCAUGUAUUAUCAUCUUGGUUACAAGCAUUCGGUCUAAUCCCAGUAUAUCGAACAUUGUUAACGAUGAGGAUUUUGUAACUUGGGGUAAAAAUAUAUUAAUAAAUAAAUAGAUAAAUAAAUAACAUGGGUUCUCUCAUCUGCUCUCCUCUUGGUUACAGUAUUCGGUCUAGUCCAACUGUAUCGAACAUUGUCACAAUAAGGAUUUUGUAACUUGGGGUAAAAAUAUAUGAUUAAAUAAAUAGAUAAGUGAAUGGUUCUGUCACAUCUACUCUCCUCUUGGUUACAGUAUUCGGUCUAGACCCACUGUAUCGAACAUCGUUACAAUAAAGGAUUUUGUAAUUUGGGGUUUAUCAUGCAGCCUUUAAUUUGCAUAGUGAGGCUUUGUAUUAUGACACUUUUUUUCCUGCUCACCGGAACGAAUGUCCUGAAUUACAAUUAGGUUUUUAUAGCCCGAAUUAAGCUAUUGCUUCCUGAUGAGUUCGCAACAAUGAGUAUAUAGUACUAACAGCUGUAUGCGCAAUAGCAGUACUCGCUGGGAUUGCGUAAGCUGUUGUAUCUUUGGUGUGGCAAUUCCACAGUUUCCCCUGACGUAAUCCGGUUAAUUUAUGUUGUCUCGGUCUAAUGAAGCCAUUCGUGUCUGGAGUUCUUUGAAAGGUCUGUUAAUAAAGGAAACGAGAGAAACUUGUCAAUGACCGUGGUACGAUGCAAAAGUUCAGAGACGGUACUGAAAUACAUAAAUCCAAUAUCAGAUACUAACGCGUAUUUACGUAGUAUCUGAUAAGAUUCUGUCUCGAAAGAACUGUGUAAUACAUCUAUGUAAACCUAUGAUGUUGUUGUGUUAUUAAAAGCCUGUUGUAAAUCUGUUUCAGUAAAAGAUAAAACCUGCAUUUAC